AUGAGCCAAUUCCAAGAAGCUCGGGAGAAAGUUAUUCAUGACAAUGAUGAACUGUAUGAGAGGAUACAAACAGAAAUGACUUCCUUUGGUAGAAUUUGGCACAGGAGAGCUUCACCACCACUAUUGGAGAGUAAUAGAUUAAUUCUAUGUAAAUAUUUACGAAAGGAUGGAGAUUAUUUGAGUAGAAUACCUGAUGAAUUAAAGAAUGACAAGACUCUGGUUAAAAUUGCUGUGAUGAGCAGUGGACAAUCCAUUCAGUAUGCUUCGGAGAAAUUACGAGCCGAUAGAGAAAUUGUUUAUCUUGCUGCCUGUAAGCAUGAGCAUGCACUGAAGUACGUUGAUCCCGAUCUCUUGAAAGACAGAGAUUUUGUUAUGACACUUGUGUCAGCAAAGGGAACAAGCGUACUUGAGUUUGCUUCUGAAGAAUUGAGGAAUGAUGAUGAAAUUGUUAAAAAAGCACUCGAAAUAUGUCCAUAUGGAUUCCAACAUUUACCAGAUCAAUUUAGAAACGACAGAAAUAUUGUUUUGGAAACAAUCAAAAGAUAUCCUAACUGUUUUAGUUUUACUUGUCCAGAAUUACAAAACGACAAGGAGAUUAUAUUGGAGGCUAUCAAACGAAAUAAUUAUCAGCCAGUGAUUUCUUCAGAUUUGAAAAAUGAUGUAGAAUUCAUGCGAAUGGCUAUUAAGUUGAAUAGUGAACUAUUUCAGUACGCUCCAGAAUGUUUAAAAAAUGACAAACAAUUUAUUAUGGAACAAAUUAGAACAAAUAGCUCCACUUUCAAACAUAUUUCACCAGAGCUAAAGGAUGAUAGAGACAUAGUUUUACUUACUUUGUAUAUGCGUGAAUUUGAUGCAAUGGAAAUGGUUGGAAAAAACUCAAAAAAAGACAAAGAAAUUGUCAAGACUGCGCUUAUUGACUAUUCUGCAUUCUCUAUAAUGCGAACAGUUUCUGAGGAGUUAUUAUUGGACAAGGAAUUCUGUUUGGAGCUUUUGGAAAUAGAUCAGACAGUAAUUGAUUAUGUUCGAAAUACUGAAUUGUUGAAUGAUAAGGAUUUAAUAAUGAAAUUAAUUGAAAGUAACCCUCGUUCGUUAUACUUUGCAGGAGAGGAUUUGAAGAACGACAGGGAAUGUGUUUUAAAAGCUCUUCACUAUGGAGCAGACAUUUUAGAAUAUGCCACAUCUGAUGAACUGAUUAAUGAUAAGUAUAUUGUAAUCAAAGCAAUAUCUCAGUAUGGUGGAAAUAUAAAUUCAGUCGAUGAAAAAUUCCAGAAUGAUAGAGAUUUUGUGCUAAAAGCCAUUAGAUGUGGAGGAUAUGUGAGUUGCAUUCCUAUAGCUUUCCAAAAUGAUAGAGAAAUAUUGGAGGAGGCUUUUAAUUAUUUUGGGCAUCCUGAAAUUCCUGAAUCAAUGUUGAAUGAUAGAAAGCUGUAUCUUACACAAGUAAAAACGUAUGGAUUUAGACUAGAAUCCUCUGAAAUGAAGCGUGAUAGGGAGUUGGUUUUAGAAUAUUCGAAAAAUUUACCAAACUAUAUUCCAGAGCUAUACUCGGAUGACAGAGAAAUAGUGUACGAAUGCGUAAAAAGAGAUGGUAAACUCAUUGAAUUGGCCUCUAAGCGUCUCAGAUCUGAUAAGGCAUUAUCUUUUUUGGCAAUAAGCAACUAUAACCCUGUUUUGGUCAAACUUGAUUGGAGAAUGGAUAUGGAUUUUUUGGAAGAAGUACUAAGAAAACAUCCUAGUAGUCUUUCAUUCUUUAGAAAUGAAUUUUCCAGAGAUAGAGAAUUUGCUUUAUUAUCUGCUAAAUAUGGAGUUGUUUUGGAUCACUUUAGUGGAGAUAGAGAAAUAGUUUUAUUGGCUUCCAAAAAUGAUGGCUAUUGCAUCUUUGGUUGUGACGUUUCUUUCAGAAGUGAUUUCGAAUUUAUGUUUAAUGUUGUUACAAAUAAUUCACAUCUAUUGGUACUUGCAUCAGAGGAGUUGAAAGAUGAUAAGGAAUUGGUACUUCAUGCUAUGAAAUCAAAUGAAGAGCCAACAUUAGACUGUCUCCCUCAUAUUUCAGAUCGUUUGAGAAAUGAUUAUGGAUUUAUACUAGAAAUAUCCAAACACAUAGCAAAUCUUUUUUGGAUUCCAGAAAAUUUAAGAAACAAUAAGGAGAUAGUUUUGAAUGCCAUGAGCAAGAAUGGAAUGAAUUUGAGAUAUGUCUCAUUGGAUUUUAGAAAUGAUAAGGAAAUUGUGCUUGUUGCUGUAAAACAGACAGGGGAUGCUAUCAAGUUUGCAUCAAAACCUUUACAAAAUGAUAGACAAGUAGUUUCAGCAGCUAUUCCAACAUGUACAUCAUUUUACUUUUUAUCAAAGGAACUUAGAAUGGAUCGAGAUUUUAUUUUGGAGAAUAUUGAAAAGAACGGUCAACUACUUGAUGCUGUGCCUCAUUUCCAAUCUGACAAGGAAAUUGUUAUCAAAGCAGUAAUGAAUAAGGGGAAUAUUCUUAAUAGAGCAUCUGAUGAUUUAAAGAUUGACAGACAAGUUGUAAUGGCAGCUGUCACCAAUUCAGGAGAAGCAUUGACUGCACUUGAUGAAGAUCUCAGAAAUGAUAAGGAAAUUGUUUUGGCUGCUACUACAUCACAUCCAGAGUCAUUAUUACAUGCCUCAUAUCAAUUAAGAACUGACAGAGAAUUUAUUCUUCAAGCAGUCAAGAAAAAUCCAAAACUUUUCGCUCACCUUGAACAUAAACUCCAAAAUGAUGAGGAAAUUGCAACUGCAGCCAUCGAGUUAGAUGUUCACCAGAUUGCUCAUGCCUCCUAUCGAUUGAAACACAACGUUAAAUUCCUUCAAAAACUCAAUCAACAAGAUAAUAUUCUCAUCAAGCACCAACAAGAUUUGUGGUAUUUGAUAGACAUGCAAGGAUUGAAAAACUCCCUCAAACAGUAG